CUUUUAUUUUAUAAAAAAUAACAGACCGCUGUUAGUCGGAGUAUAAAACUAGUUUACUAGCUAAAGCUAAUUUCACCCUCUAUUUACAGAUCCAUUAAUCAAUCAAUCAAUCAAUGGCAACAGAAGGAUCGUCAUCAUCAUCAGGAUUCUGGAGCGAUAGAUUCAGAAUCAUCAAUAGCUACGCCACUUUUCUUCGCCGUGAUUCCCCUCUUCCUUCAUGGUCCGCCGCCGAUGUUCAAGAAUUCAUCGCCUCCGAUCCCGUUCACGGACCUGUUCUGAAGACAACCCGUGAUGCUGUGAAAUUCAUGGCUGUUGGAGGCAUACUUGGAGCAGUGUCAACUGCUGGCUUUGCAUGGAAAUAUUCAAAGAGUCCCCAUGGUGCUGCUUUGGCUUUGGGAGCAGGGGCAGUGUUUGGGAUGAGUUUUGGGCAAGAAGUUGCAAAUCAUUCACUUCAACUAUAUAGGUUAGACACAAUGGCUGCCCAGGUCAAGUUCAUGGAAUGGUGGCAGAAAUAGGCCGAAGGACGCACUUAAGAAACUUUAAGCAGGGACAUGGUUUUUGUCUUGGUAAUAAAUUAGGUUUCUCGCAUGUGUUAUUCUCAAUGGCUGUUUUCGAAUUCCAUGACAUAAAGUUCAAUGCCGAUUUCUUAUUUUCAUAUUAGUCAUAAUGCAUUGCGGAAGUCCGCAAGUUACAUGAUACUUUCAACGAAGCAGAAAAUCGUUGGAUCAAUGCCUUGGAUUAGAAUUGUUGAAAUCUGUUGCAUUACUUUCAAUAUAAGAACAACAUAUCUAGGAACGUCGAUCGUUUUUCUUUCUAUCUUUUCAAUAAUCAUUGGUUCUCUUUAAGAAAA